AUGUACUGGAGAGAAAUCAGAAAGACAGCAAUCUUGGAACUAUUAAGUGCCAAGAGAAUUCUAUCGUAUCGAGCUGUGAGGAAAGACGAGGUCGCUUUACUGAUUGAUUCGAUAUAUAAAUCUUCAUCUUCUUCUGUUCCUGUUAAUCUAAGUGAGACUUUUGUUUGUUUUAUGAAUAACGUGGUGUGCCAAGUUGCUUUUGGCGGGGUGAAGUACUGUCUUGGAGAAAGUGGUGAUGCUGGCAAGAAUAAGUUUUACGUAAUGCUUCGGGAGUUACAGAACUUGUUUGCCGGAUUCAGUAUUGCAGAUUUCUUCCCUUUGAUGGGUUGGAUCCACAAGUUUAACGGCUUGGACACAAGAAUUAAAAAGAGUUGCAGGAAAUUGGAUGAAUUCUUUAACAAAGUAAUCGACGAACAUAUCAAUGCAGAUAAAUCAUCAAAACCGGACGCAGAGGAUCUUGAUAUAUUUGUUGCAGGAACUGAUACUUCAGCGGUAACACUAGUUUGGACUAUGACAGAACUGAUGAGGAACCCAACAGCGAUGAAGCGAGCACAAGAAGAUGUCCGAACGAAAGUCGGAACUAAAGAUUUUGUAGAGGAAAAUGAUCUUCAUAAACUGGGUUACGUGACACUAGUGAUAAAAGAAGCACUGAGACUUCAUCCUCCAUUGCCAUUACUACUUCCAAGGGAGACUAGAGAAGAUUGCACAAUCAAAGGAUACGACAUUCCAAUGAAAACAAGGGUCAUCAUCAAUGCAGCAACAAUUUCUAAGGAUCCAAAAUAUUGGGAAGACCCAGAAAAAUUCCGGCCUGAAAGAUUUUUAGAUUAUAAUGUAGAUGCUCGAGGACAAAAUUUCGAGUUCAUACCAUUUGGAGGUGGACGGAGAGGUUGUCCUGGUAUGAACUUUUCGAUAGUGCUUGUUGAGCUGGUCCUUGCGAACUUACUUCAUUGUUUUGAUUGGAAAAUGCCUCCGGGGAUGAAAGCUGAGGGAUAUGCAAGAAGCCUACGGACUCACACCACAUAA